UGAAGAACGAAUAUCGCGAAGAUCACCCCCGCUGCGUUAGAUUCUAAAGUAAGAGUUAUUACAUUAGUAAAAUGGCAGAUGAUGAAGAAGAGGUAAGAAAACGAGCUAUUCUUCUUUUGGUGAGAAAUGCAGAGUGUGAAUGGAAUGCACAAAACCUAUUUUGCGGAUGGUAAAGAACAGGCAAUUGCAGCAGCUGCUAUGAUAAAAAAAAAGAAAUUUCAAGUAGAUGUGGCUCAUACAUCAUUGCUUUCUCGUGCAAAUGAUACCUUGAAAAUUAUUUUAGAAGAACUUGAGGUACCUGAAAUUCCAAUUCAGGUUUCCUGGCGUUUAAAUCCCAAACAUUAUGGUGCAUUAACUAGUUGGUGUAAAUCUGAAAUGGCGGGCAAAUAUGGAGAGGAGCAGGUACUCUUGUGGCGUCGAAGUUACAGAGUUCCACCUCCACCAAUGGAAUGUGACCAUGAGUAUUUCUAUGAAUUCUUAGAUGAUUAUCGAUACAAAGCACCUGAGCAAUUGGUAGAGAAUAUUCCCUUUACUGAAACACUUGAGCAAGUUCUCCAAAGACUUUUACCAUAC